AAAGUCCUCUUCAGUCUGAUCGCCUUGUCCAUCUCUCUGGCUUUGUGCAAUGGGGCUUGCAGUACUCAGCCCAAGAAUGCAGAGAUGAAAGAUGGUAAACUGGUGGUUCCUGAGGGAUGUGUCGAUCCGUAUAAUGGGGAAAAACAUGAACUUGGAGCGACAUGGAACACAAUUGAUUGCUUGAAGUGUGAAUGCAGCAAGGAAGAAGUCAACUGCUGCCACAGAUAUCCUGCUGUGGGAUCAUUUCCUGGAUGCGCUGUCACUUUAGACUCGGAAAAGUGUUCUUACAUCGUGCACGAAAUCGGGGAUCCUUCAAAGUCAUGUACCCCACAAUCUUAAAGGAAAGCUGAAUAAAUGAUACAGCUGAGCCAA